CGCGGAUGGAUACACGCCGCUUCCUCGCGCCUGCAUUCCUACCUUAUUAUGAGAAGGAUUACUCAUUGUCGACCGCAAAAAAAUCCCUUUGUGUUUUGGUAUGCGCGAAAAUAUCGGAAGUUACGGUAGCCAUCCCGCGUUCUAUUGUCAGUUUGUCAAAGCAAGGUCCGUGGCACAGUCAGAUAAGCGUGGGCUGUGCUGUGUGUUAGAAGGGCGAAUUCUAGAGCCGUAGCGCCUUGCACUCGUUUGGUAAAUAGCUCUUGUUCUGUGCUGGUAAGGAGAGAAACGUUGUAUUGUGUGGUUGUGUAGAGGCCUAGGUAGAGCUUGUUUCAGUGUUUGCACGCUCGACUCAGUAUUAGGGGUGCUUCUAUAGCCCGCGAGAUCGCUUACGCCUGAGUAGGGUUGGAUUUCCACCGCUCUUGUUGACGAAUUCAGUGAGUGACGGAUUGUGUGUUAGUACGGGACGCUGCACCGGUGCUACAUUUUUGCGCUGAAGUGUAAUUCGGUGGUGACCGACUGGCGUGUGUUUGAAGUAUCGAUCUAUGAACUGUCGAGCCAGCGCGUGUUGUAUGCGCCGGGAAAAACCGUGUACCGGGAGAGGCUCUCUGACCCAAGCAAACGUGCGGCUCACGGUGUAACCGUUGGACUGUUAGCUCUUCCGCCGGCGCAGUAGAAAACGCCCUGCGGUCUCCUACUUAGCAGUAGUUCAGAGUGUUAGUCAGCGUCAACAACAUGUCCACCAACGGAGUGAAUGCCGAUAUUCUCAAGCUGUCUCUCGGCUUGAUCAACUACAAGAACAAGUACCUGACGGCCGAGAUCUUCGGAAACAAGGUUAACGUCACGGGCAACAGUCUGAAGAGAAAGCAGACCUGGACGAUCGAGCAAGACCCCGAAGGUGAGUCGGUCUACCUGCGUUCUCACCUGGACCGCUUCCUGACAUCGGACCGGCACGGGAAUGUGUCGUGCGACGCAGAAGAACAAGGGAAGGAGGAGCAAUUCCUGAUCGAACCGUACGAAGAUGGUCGCUGGGCGUUUCGGAGCAUGGCGCACGGGCUGUACCUGAGCGGGAACGGCGAGAACAUGCGAUGCUUCAGCAAGAUGGUGGGGAAGGAGGAACUGUGGACCGUGCACCUAGCCAUGCACCCGCAGGUCAACUUGAAGAACGUCAACCGAAAGCGGUACGCACGAUGGAGCGAGGAAGAUGAAGAGCUACGGGUCGACAUGAACCACCCGUGGGGAGACGACGCCCUCAUCACCCUUGAGUUCAGAAACGGUAAAUACGCCAUCAAAACGUGCAACAAUAAAUAUCUCCACCGUGACGGCCGCCUCGUGAACGACUCCAGCGAUGACACCGACUUCACCUUAGAGUUUCGCUCGGGCAAGAUCGCGCUGAAGGACCGCAUGGGGAAGUACCUGACCGCGGUGGGGGGCACCGCCACCAUGAUGACACGCAACAACAAACCGGGAAAGGACGAACUCUUUGUCUUAGAGGACAGUCAUCCUCAAGCAGUCUUCGUGGCCAACAACGGACGCCUAGUCUCGGUCAGACAAGGAGUGGAUGUUGCAGCCAACCAAGACUUCGACGAGGAGAGAGGGGAGAGCGAUCUGGAGACGUUUCAGAUGGAGAUUGACAAGGAGUCGGGCAAGUGGUCCAUCCGCACCAACAACGACAAGUUCUGGACGCUAAAAACUGGCGGGAACUCCGGUCUCCAGGCAACGGGAUCGCAGAGUGCUUCCCCGGACGCACAGUUUGAAAUCCACUGGUUGGGACGACAGAUCGCCUUCCAAGCUAGGCACGGGCGGUUCGUGGCGACGAAACUGAACGGACAGCUAGCGGCCACGGCCGACGAGAUCUCCGACGCCUGCAAGUUCACGUUCAAGCUCGUCAACAGACCACUGCUGGUGCUGAGAGGACCACACGGGUUCGUUGCGGUAGGGAAGGGUGAAAGACUGGAGUGCCACCAUGCAGACUACGGCAUCUUUGAAAUGAUCAACAACGAUGGAGCUUACCAGCUGAAAGGUCAAGACGGAAAGUUCUGGAAGAUGGAAGGCGAGAACAAUGUAGCAAUGUCGUCGGAGGGCGGCACCGACUUCCUGAUCGAGCUCCGCGAGCACAGCAAGUUCUGCAUCCGGGCACCGAACGACAAGUAUCUGCGAGGGGAGCAGAACGGCCAGUUUCGGGCCACCGGCACAGAAGUCAACAAAGAAACACUGUGGGAAUAUUAGAUAACAGGCACCUUCAUAGGAUAGAUGAUACGCACGCAGCUUGUAGUUGGAAAAAAUGGACAUAAUUUGGUGCAGAAUGACUGAGACAGGGUCAAUAAUAAUUAAUAUUAGGUCAGCCCCUGAGGCGUCGCCAAAAAGAUACAAGCAGUAUAAUCUCGAAAGGACUUGGAGAGCAGUUUAUCACUGCACAUUUUCACCAAUUUGCACCAAGUUUUGCUCAUUUUGUCACGAACUUCUAGACCAACGAACGCAUCUACUAUACUAUUGUAGAGAAAGUGAGAACAUUCGUCUGUCUUUGAAACGCCAUCUUGUUUUUUCUAAGAUGUGCAGACGACAGCCUCGUUGUCAUGGUGAUUCCCGCGGCCAUGUUGCCGUUUUACUCUUCUCAAAGAAAAUUCGAAUCGGUAAUACGGAAUGUGAGGCUACGUGUAUAAAGAUGCAACUCACCUUAGCUAGCUUUGAUACAUAGAACUGCAAGACAAAAUCGUACACUCAUGACAGAGGAAAUGAAAGAUAGAUAAAGUUUGCUUAGUUUUGUAAUUUGCCGUCAACUAUGCUGUUGUAACUGUUACAUAGGGCGUCUACCGAACAGCUGAUUAUCUCUUUUAUUGCAUGGUGACCGCCGGACGUUAAAACGUUAAGGUCAAGGUGAAAGAAAGGAAAACUGUGUAUCAGUGUUUUACAUUUUAGCACGUUUUUUGCCUGUAUGCGUUGCAAAUCAUUCUUUUAAAAGACUAUUAGAUACGAUAUUUGUCAUCAAAGUCGUCUCUACAUAUGCAUGUAUGAUAUCAGCAUCUGCAGUCAUUUGCCAGAAAUACUCUCUGUGGACCCACAAAAAGCCCCUCUAGCUAUAGAUGCAUCCACUAGGUGACGCUUGAGACUAUGACAUUGACAAGGAUAAAAUGGUCGACAUUGAAUGACGUAUGAUAAUUUAUGUAAACCAUAGGUUGGAUGAUAACUGCUAGGAUGGAUGUUGUGUGAAUGUUUGCUUAUUAAUAGUUAAAAAGAUAGAUAUUUUAGCCGGAGACGAACACAGUUGUGUCAGUGAUAUUGUGAUUUAUGAAUAUUUCCAAAUGCAGCCUUUUUGUAUUCACUUUGCGUACUUUGGAUAUCUCCUUUCAAUUGAGUUUUUAUCUGAAGCUUUGACUGUGUUUUAGUACACUAAUAACCAGAUAUUCUAGAUAGUUAUAAAAAUCGUAUUCUCUGCUUGAGCUGAUCAUAUAAAACAAUCUUCUUGUUGUACCUACCGUGCAAUUUGUAACGUUAGAUUCGAGACAUGGUACGGUAGGAAAGAAGUGGAAAAGUGUAUUGCUAUUUUAAUGUUGUUACAACAUGUUUAAUCCAGUGAGAUUUGUGAUAUACUGUGCCAUAUACACAGUUAGGCAGAGCAAGCGGAUCAAAGUAAAGUUUCGCUUUUUUUCUAAAUAGAGUCAACUGCAUCACAUUUGUAGUCAGUGUCAUUGUAUAUAAAUAUACACAGGAGCAGGUCACAUAAUAUUGUCAUAUACGGACGCGCUGCGCUACCACGCCCCCUGGCGGACUUUGUGAUGAUGUUUAACAUGCCAGCAUCCGUUGCAUGACUAAUUGUUUUGCAUGCCAGAUAUUUUUCUGCAGGUACUGUUAUGAUUUUAUACGACUGUUGCACCAGUAUUUUCUCAAAUCUAUAAAACAUAUACACCCGUAUCCGUAAGAUAGCUAAGUUUGACUUCAAAUUUGAGUGUCGUUAUAUGGCACUUCAUGGAAAUUACUACGAUUUGCUAGUCAGCUUGUUUUCUGGAAUCCAACUUCGCGAUAGCUUGACUUUUUGUCGAUAUCUCUACAUCACCUUUGUACCAUGAACACCAAUAAAAUCUGUUAGUAACAUUA